GCAGGGAUCCCCGCCAUGGGCCUGAGCUCCUGCCUCCUGCUGCUGCUGCUGCUGCUGGGGGGCUCGGGGGGCAGGGACAGCCGAGGGACACCCCCGAGGGGGGCCUGGGAAGAGGAGGGGGAGCUGUGGGGCAGAGCGAGGUACGAAGCCGUGAAGAAGCACCUGGGGGCUGUGGGUGCUCUCUCCAAGAAGUACUGGCAGUACCUGGCAUGCAAGGUUUGGCACGACGGCUGCGAGGAGGAGAAGGAGGAAGAGUCCAGUCCCAGGCCAGGCUGGAGCUUGCCUCUGGUGGGCCAGGAUUACCUGGAGAUCCUCUCUGCCUGGUACUGCAGCUUCGGCAAGUGCUGCCAGACAGGAGACUGCCGGGUAGUCAACAACAUCACAGGGCUAGAAGCUGACCUCAAUGAGCAGCUCCAUGGGCAGCACUUGGCCAAAGAAGUUGUCAUCCAGGCAGUGCAAGGGUUCCUGCAGAGCCCACAGCCAGAGAAGCCUCUGGUCCUCUCCUUCCAUGGCUGGUCUGGCACUGGCAAGAACUUUGUGGCCCGGAUGCUGGCCAGUCACCUGUACCGGGAUGGGCUGAAGAGCGAGUGUGUCAGGCUCUUCAUCUCACUCUUCCACUUUCCCCAUCACAAGUACGUGGACUCGUACAAGGCUCAGCUGAAGAAGCAGAUAAGUGAGACUGUGCAGCUCUGCAAGCAGUCCUUGUUCAUCUUUGAUGAGGCAGAGAAACUCCAUUUUGGCCUCCUGGAUGCCCUCAAGCCUUUCAUGGUUCCCUAUGACAAGGGCCAGGUGGAUUACCGGAGAUCCAUCUUCCUCUUCCUCAGCAACCUGGGUGGCAACACCAUCAAUGAGGUAGCCCUGGACUUCUGGCGAGCCGGCCGGGCACGGGAGGAGAUCUCCUUUGAGUUCCUGGAGCAGCGGCUGCGGAUGGAGCUGCAGGAGCCUGCAGAGAACAGUUACGCUCGCAGCCACCUCCUGGAAGAGAACCUGAUUGAUUUCUUUGUGCCAUUCCUGCCCUUGGAGUACCACCACGUGAAGCUCUGCACACGGGAUGCUUUCCUGGCCCGGGGACUUCCAUACACCGAGGCAGCUCUCCACGAGGUGGCCAGCAUGAUGGUGUUUGUUCCCAAAGAGGAGAAGCUUUUCUCUGCUCAGGGCUGUAAAUCUGUAUCCCAGCGCAUCAAUUACUUCCUUCCUUGAACACCAGGUGGAACUACACCAGUGGUGAAGCUGGUUCUGCACUCUAGGAGCUGCUCUCCUUGCACAAGGUCAGGCGGGCAGAUUACCCAGCUCAGGGACAGAGACUUAACCCCUUGUUACUCCAAGGGCUGUUUGCAGGGAAGGAGGUGCACCCUGCCCAGCCUUACUCCUGGGACAUGGGGAUAACCUGUGCUUGAAGUCUGUCUCGUGUUUUCAAGUCCCUUCUCUUAGCAGGUAGUAACCUGAAGUGGUGGUUUGGUUGUGCUGACACAUGCUUUGUUUCACAUGACUGGGGAUGUCCAAGUCCUUGGUUUGUUACCAUGUAAUGGCGGCUUUGGACAGACUGGUCCUGUUAAGAAGGCCGAGCAGAAGCCACAUCCUCAUCCCUGACUUCACUUUUCUUGGUCACUUCACAAGCUCUCAAAUUGCACAGAACUGUUUAGCUGGAGUUCAGGCUUUUCUCUCUUGCUUUCCUGCCUUCACAAGUUGUCUGCUGCUCAGGGACACUUGUGCCAGGAUGAUGGUUUGUGCAGGGAGGAGGACCCUGCAUAGAGAAAAUGACUGAGUAUCUCCUCUGGAGAUGUCAAAUCUGUAGCUUCUCAUUUUGGAGGGUCCCUCUCUCGAUGGAGUCUUUCAUUGUAUGGAAGCAGCUGUGGGGAUGAGGUGAACUUCUGCUGAAAUCUUGUUUCUAAGCAGCUUGGUGAAAAGCCUGUUCACUGUGAAAUGAAGAAGGGGAACCUAAUUCCCCUUCCAAGGGCUGAGAAGGGCAGUUGAGGAGGAUGGUGGCUGAAGGAACAGAGAAACUGGGUUUUCAGAGAUGUAGUAAGCUUAGGGUUUUUCCUUGUUCUUUUUUUUUUUAUGGGUUUUUUUGGUUGCUGUUGGGUUUUUUAUUUGGUUUUGGUUUUUUUACUUUGUUUUUUUCCAUUAAGUUGCAUGGUGUGGUUUUUUUGGGCUGGUAUCAGCAUUACUACACCAAGGGGCUGUUUGCUGUCUGGGUACUUGCCCAGUGAUAAGUAAAGUUUCAGCAGGACCAAAAAAUUUCAACAGUGUUACAGGAAUCACUUUGUGACCUCUAGGUCAAAACUCCCUUCCAACACAGCUGGGCUGGGGUGAGGAGGUGAGACAGCACACGCCAGGGACAGGGCUGAGCUCCCUGGACACCCCCUGUGUGGACCUUUGAUCUAUUUUAAGCUUUGAGCCUGGCUGUGGUGCCAGUAAUGAGCAGAGUGACUUUUGGGAAAAGAUUGACCAGACACGCUCACUGCUCCUGAGGACUUUGAGCUCGUGUUUCCCUCCAGGGCACGCUGGCUCUGUUAUCUAACCAGGCUUCAUAGUCCAAGGCAGCUGCUUUCUCACUGCUCAGCUGAGGCAAGGUUAGGUUAAAUUUAGUUGUCACUAGACUGGAGCUUAGGGCCUGUGCCAGCAUGUGCCGUUAUUGGGUAUUUUUAGACUUGGUUUAUGGUUAAUCUCAUUCUUAAUCAGCCUGGGAAGGAGCAGAGGAAGGUGCACCUAGGAAGGGAGGAUGCAGCCCCAUAGAAGGACCCAACAAGCUUGUGUUUUUUAAGCCAGGCAGAAAGUUUAGGAAGUUUUUAGUUAGUGAGCUGAAGUUUAGCUGCUUAGAAGGUUGUAUACACCAGGAUAACCCAUGUUUUGUUUUGGUUUUUUUUACGUGGAAAAGAAUCUUCACCUGCACAGGUUAGGCUGAUGCUGUUUGCAGUGGGAGGGAGUCACUUGAUCAGCCGUUGGGGCUGCUAUGAAGUUGGUGUGUUAACCAGUUCUGACUCUGUUACUGUUUAAGGAGGUGGUGGUGUGACUAACAAGGGCAACUCUCAAACAAUGAUGCAAGACCCAGUGCUCUGCAGGUCACACUGGUGUGUUUGAGUAUGGAGUGUUUGAUUAUGCAACCCCAACAGCAGGAACCACUCUACCCACGCCACGGCAAUGUUAAGUUUAAGGCAUAAAUAAAGAUCCUGCAAUCUAACAGAAUGAAA